GGACCUGGGCCUUCAACCACCGCAUGCCAUACCAGUGGGGUAAGUAUGACGAAACGCAAUUUCAAGGCCUUGACUACAUCGUCGACUCGGCCUCAAGGCACAAUAUCAAGCUCAUCCUUGCUUUGGGCAACACCUGGGAGGCCUACCGCUCGCCGCAAGACUUCAUGCGUAUGGCCGGCAUCAAUCCAGCCGGCAAGGACAUCCUCGAUUUCUAUAACUCGUCUGAUGUCCGACACCUAUACCGAGACCACAUCUCGGCCCUUGUUUGGCGCACCAACGUCUUCAACGGCCGCCGCUAUCGUGAUGAUGACGCCGUCAUGCAGUGGGAUGCGAUGAAUGAGCCAAGGUGCCCAGGGUGCAUGGAUGCUGCCUCUCAAGCCGUUGUGCAGUCCUUCCUGCAAGAGACGACGGCACACCUCCGCGCAAACGCUCCCAACCAGCUUAUUGCUAUUGGUACUGAGGGCUACUUUCUUAACUCGUACGAGGGCUGGAAUCCCGGGGCUGGAGCUCGCUGCGAAGGCGAGGACUGGGUUGCUCUGAACAAGCUGGGUACCACGGACGUCACUAUCGUCCAUGCCUACGAACGCCAGCUGGAAUCCGUUCCGCCCAAGUGGACCAAGUGUGACUUUUCCUGCUUCUGCAACUACCUGGUUCAGUACCUAAGCGCACAUCAACGGGCCGCUUCGGAUGUCGGCAAGCCGCUCAUCCUUGAGGAGUUUGGGCUGAUCCUGCCUCAAUACACUGAAGAGCAGCGGGUGCUUCUCUUCCGUCUGGUCGCGGACAACAUGCAAUGGAUGAAGCAGACUGGCGGGCCAAUGGCUGGGGCUAUGUUCUGGAACGCUGCUAUCGGCACCGUAUGGGACGACGGGUACAAUGUGUACCUGGACGGCCCGGUUACAAAGCCUCAGCCGUCUCCAUCGCCAACCGUGACCCCUGCGCCAACCAAGCAGCCCACCUCUGGCCCGACUUCAGCACCUACCUCUGCCCCUACUUCAGCACCUACCUCUGCCCCUACUUCAGCACCUACCUCAGCGCCGACGUCGGCACCCACUUCUGCGCCCACCGCGGCACCUACAUCGGCGCCGGUGCGCGCUCCUAUUGUCGCCAACACCGAGACGUUGACCGACUUUUUGCGUGGCCCGCAGCGCGCCGCCUGUGCAGAGGCCGCUGCAAAGUGGUGGUUGCCCACGUGGACGGCUUCUUGGGCUCAAACCGUUGACAUGACCGCCUACACUAACCGCUGCAGGGACAUGACGGUACUGAAGGUCUUGCUGGACACUAGGGAUGUGAUCUAUUACUAACGGUAGCUAUUUACACAUGAA